GUUGUAAGUUGCUCUCUACGACCAUCAUAUCAGGCACUUGCAUUUGUCUUUGCAGGAAAACAAACAACAUAGCUCAGAAAACAUGGCACCGAUGACAUCCAUCAGGCUGUCUGGAGACAAAAUAGAAAUCGUCAACCAGCUGCUUCUACCUCACACAACAGAAUUCAUCGAAAUCCAGACCAUCGAACAAGCUCACGAUGCAAUCAAGUCUAUGAAGAUACGCGGUGCACCAGCUAUUGCGUCUCUGGCAGCACUUUCCUUUGGAGCUUAUCUCUCUCGGGGCCUCGAGGCAUCGCCUGCACCAGAAUACCUCGCAUCACCCGAGGCUUUAAGAGAUCAUGUUUUACCCAUCCUGGACUUCCUAAUUACCGCACGCCCGACAGCUGUAAACCUAGGAGCAGCAACACGCCGGUUGACUAAAACCCUGCAGUCAUCAAUCGACGCAGGCAAGGACCCUAGAUCGAUCGUUCUUGUUCUUAUCGCGGAAAGCCAUCUGGUUGCGGAUGAGGAUGUCGGGAGAAACAAGGAAAUGUCGAAGUGGGGUGGAGAGUGGCUGAUCGACCAGGUAAAACAGGCUGGAGGUGACGGAACGAGCUUGAAUGUCUUGACCGUCUGUAACACUGGUUCGCUAGCCACGUCGGGAUACGGAACUGCAUUGGGUCUGAUCACAUACCUACAUGAGGUAGGAAACCUUGGAAAAGCUUACUAUACUCAAACUGCACCAUACCAUCAAGGGUCUCGACUCACUGCACUGGAGUUGAAGACUCUUCAAAUACCUUCUGUGAUGAUAUGUGAUACUAUGGUUGGGUCUCUGUUCCAACAUCAUAAAAUCCAUGCUGUCGCUGUUGGUGCUGAUAGGGUAGCAAAAAAUGGUGAUACUGCCAAUAAAAUUGGAACCUACAAUGCAGCGGUGCUUGCUGCUCGUCACAAAAUUCCCUUUAUCGUUGUUGCCCCUAUCAGCACAGUAGACCUUGAUGUUGCAGAUGGCUCAGGCAUACCGAUCGAGCAUCGACCACCACUAGAGGCCUGUAUCGUCCGCGGUGCUCUCCAUCCACCCACUCUUAACGCACAGGGACAAAAGGAGCAGGCACAAGUCAUGAUUACUCCAACUGAUCUAUACGAGAUAUACAACCCCAGCUUUGAUGUGACACCAGCGGAGCUGAUUACAGCUAUCGUAACAGAAAAAGGUGUUGCAGUGAAGAAGGAAGGUAGUCAAAUAUUUGAUUUAAGUGCUAUUGUAUAGAAUCAGACGGUGGCGAAGAAAGACAAGGAAGUAUUUACACAUUGUACAAUCUCACAUCAGACUCAGGGAAUAGAGCAGUCUUAUGAUUAUAUGACAGAAUUUAUAUAUACAAGAUGCAGACGU